AUUUUGUAUUUUUACCACUAAACUGGAAGAAAGAACUACAGGAUUUCUCACCAAUCCAUAAACCCAUUAAUAAAUUUGGAUUUUCGAUAGCUCGCCGGAGAAGUGGAGAAGCAUCGCCGUCCACGCAUCCGUCUUCGUCUAUCAAUUCCUCAAAAGCAUCGAUAUCAAGGUCAGGUUUAUCAGUCAGGUCUCUCAUUGGAUUUUUCUUAAGUUGCAGCAAGAAUGGCCAGCACCAAUACAACGACGAAGACAACCGACAAAAAUAAACCCAAUAAUAAUAAAAAGAAGCAAACCCCGGAGUCCCAAUUCAAUUACAAUCUCAAUUUUUAUUCAAAAUCAAAAGAUCUCCAGUCAGCUAUCUCCCUUUACAAAUCUGCAAUUUUGAAUAAAAUCCAUCUCAAUCAGCACCAUUUUAACACUCUCCUUUAUCUCUGUUCUAUCUCUCUUAAUGACUCAUCAAAAAAGGAUCUUGCUUUAGAAUAUGGGUUUGUUAUAUUUGAUCAUAUGGUGAAAAUUAAUUGUAUCAAACCUAAUGAAGCUUCAAUCACUGCUGUUGCUAGACUUGCUGCAGCUAAAGGGGAUGGUGACUAUGCUUUUAAUUUAGUUAAAGAUAUGGGGGUUUACAAUGAAUUGCCUAGAUUAAGGACUUAUGAUCCUGUUUUGUUAUGUUUUUGUGAAAAGCUAGAGGCUGUUAAGGCUUAUGAAGUGGAGGAUCAUAUGCUUAGUAUGGGGGUGGAUUUGGAGGAAUUGGAGAUUUCCGCAUUAUUGAAGGUUAGUAUAGGGACUAGAAAUGAGGAGAGAGUUUAUGGAUAUUUGCAGAAAUUGAGGAAAACUGUGAGGUGUGUUAAAGAAGAGACUGCGAAGAUAAUUGAAGAUUGGUUUAAUGGUUUUGAGGCUAAUGGUAAGGAAUUGGAUGUAAGUUUGGUGAGAGAGGCUGUUUCAAGGAAUGGCGGCGGGUGGCAUGGAAUUGGAUGGAUUGGGAAAGGGAAGUGGGAGGUGAAGAGGGGGAAUGUGGAUAUGGACGGAAAGUGUUGUUGUUGUGGGGAUCAUAUGGCUUGUGCUGAUAUAGGUGAUAUGGAGACUGAGAACUUUGCAUUAUCAUUAGCUGGUUUCGCUAUGGAAAGAGAGGUUAAAGCUAACUUCAGAGAAUUCCAGGAUUGGCUGGACAGAAAUGCCAGUUAUGAAGCAAUCGUGGAUGGAGCAAACAUUGGUCUCUACCAGCAAAAUUUUGCAGAGGGCGAGUUUAGCAUUUCUCAGCUUGACGCUGUUGUUAAAGAGCUAUAUGAUCAGAGUGGAAAAUGGCCACUUAUUGUCUUGCAUAGUAAGAGGGUUAGAGCACUUCUUGAGAAUCCUUCCCAGAGAAAUCUGAUUCAGGAGUGGAUGGAGAAGGAUGUUCUUUAUACAACACCUCAUGGUUCAAAUGAUGACUGGUAUUGGCUUUAUGCUGCUGUAAAACUGAGGUGUUUGCUUGUUACCAAUGAUGAGAUGAGAGAUCAUAUUUUUGAACUUCUAGGAAGCAGCUUCUUUCUCAAGUGGAAAGAAAGGCAUCAAGUUCGAUAUACCUUUGUGAAAGGCAACCUGAAACUUGAGAUGCCGCCUCCUUUUUCUGUAGUAAUCCAGGAAUCAGAGAAGGGGUCAUGGCAUGUGCCAAUAACAAGUGAUGGAAAUGAAGAUUCUGCACAAAAUUGGGUAUGCAUUACGAGGCCGAGUGCUUGUGAUGCACCUCACAAAGAUGAAACUUCUCAAAAUGGCCAUCACGCGUGUGUCGGGAAAUCGUUAAAACCUUGCGAGCCAAAUGGUAUCACGAAAAAAAUCGACAGUGAAGAUUCUUUUAUUCAUUCAGAGAAUAAACCUGCAACUCUAACAGGUAAAAGGAAAGAAAGGUCAACAUGUCAGCUUAAUUUAGAGUUGGACAAAUAAUCUAUUUAUGUUAUUUGCUACAUUAUUAUAGCUGUAAUGACAGUUUUUUUUAUAAUCAGACAUUGAAAUACUAAA